AGUUCGGUGUCUACAGCCGCCGGCGGAACUUGAGCGGUGUGGUAGGUGUUGCCCCGCCGGGCCCGGAAGCGGUGUGACCCGUUAUUACCUCAGCGCUGGGGAGUCGGUUGCGGAGCGGGGUUCGAGGUGGUUCCGUUUGUGUUUAAAACCUGUUAACUGCCUUACUGGAAGUGAAUUCUUCAAGUGUACCGAUAUGGCUCUGGCUGCCGCUUUGCUGUACAGCGCUUACUUUUGUGGGAGAUGCUGCAGGCACAAAGCUUUGCAGCCCUUACUUGGACCUCUUCUCAGUGAUUCUAUGUCAAAAUCAUACAGCAGCUACAGGAGGCCAGGGUCACAGCCUGAGGAAAAAAAAACUUGGCAAAAUGUGGAUCUCAGUUUUAAGAAGAGCAUGGAAGUCUUAAAGACCCAGCUAAGCAUGCUGAAGAAGGAGACUGAAGAUCACUUAGCUGGACCUGGAGGGCAGUCAUUAGCCCAUUAUAUGGUGGAACAGACAAGGGUGGUGUGGGAGUUUCGGGACCAAGAAGAUUUAAAUAAAUGGGUUAUUUCGUCUGAUGUAGAGAUUGGAGGGAAAAGUGAAGUUUACCUCAAAUUGGGUAGGAAUAACCAGACUGCCCUGCUGUAUGGAAUCCUCAAUACAGAAGUACCUCGUGACGGGGAGACAAAAUACAGUGGAUAUUGUAGUAUGAGAUCUAAACCACUAGUGGGAUCUUUUGCUAGGAAGAAGUAUUAUGACUGGUCAAACUUCAACAGUCUGUAUUUACGUGUGCGUGGUGAUGGCAGACCUUGGAUGGUAAACAUUUACACAGACCCUUACUUCUCUCACCAAAAGGAAGACCUCUACAACUACUUCAUGUUCACCCGCGGUGGCCCAUACUGGGAGGAAAUAAAGAUUCCAUUCUCCAAAUUCUUCAUCUCCAGUCGGGGAAGAGUGCAGGAUGACCAGCAUCCUAUCUGGCUAGACAAGAUUAGUACCCUGGGAUUCACUAUUGGAGAUAAAGUAAAUGGUCCGUUCCAGUUGGAAAUUGAUUUUAUUGGCCUGCUGAACGAUAGAGCUCAUACAGAAGAAUUUGCCUAUGAAACAUAUGAAAAGAAUCCUCCACUCUAAGCUGGGCAGGUGGCUUUUGGGACAUCCUUCAGCUGCUUUAGUUCUAGAAAACAUUUCUGAAGGUGUGGCUUAUCACAGCUUGAAGAUUCUAAGUAAACGUUACAGUGACACUGUUGGUGUCUUCAAGCUGCCAGACGCAGGAUCCUGGAGAGACUGUACAUACAUGGACUGGAAUACGGCCUGAGGAGAGUGUGACCCAGUAGGAACUGGUGACUGCGUAAGUUCUAGCUUUUGUCCUGACCUUAACAGAAAUAAAAGUAUUUCACAAGCUUC